UUCGCCCCUUGGAGUCUCCGUGUAACCUUGAACACAAAUGCAAAAGAUCACCCCCAUCUGAGUUAUCAAUAGGCUGCAUCAUCGCUCAUCUUCCCUCAUCAUCUUCCGCACCUUCUCCCUCCCUCCAUGUCUGUCCAUCUCCUCCCUCUGCGCCUUUUUACGCACAAAACAAGUCGGAGCGCACACACGGCUGGCGGAGAGAAAACAGGAGAGACAAUAGACAAUAGUUUGGGUCAUCAUGGUCUUUGGAUUUUUACGUUAGGUAACAUGCGCGCUGGACCGUGAGGCACAGGUGAAACAAUCUGUAAAGGCGUCCGUUCCUUUCCCGUCCGAAACUUUCCCCACGUUUUAAUGUUGCCAACCGAGAUUUCGGGAGGAGUGUGUUUCACCUCAAGGUAGGACUCCGCAACUCAAGAACAGGUUGUCGGUGAAGGCGGACUCGUGACUUUCCAUACAAUGGUGUCGCUUGUUGAGAAGUGUUUCUUACGCUGAGGCUUGGGUCUAACGUUAUUCGGAGUGUUUCUGAAAAUACUUAGGUUUAAAAAAAAAAAAAAAGAAAAGAAAAACAAAGACGAAGUCACAAUGACCUUGCUACCUGAUAAGUUGUAUGAUCUUUGAUUUGGUCCGGUAAUGCAGACGAAUAGCCUCAGUUAAGGUAGAAGAGAACCGACCUCACUACAGGUUGACUUUCAGCUGGGGGCUCAGAAAUCGAACACGUUGCUUUUGGAGAGCGCGCGGUGGCUUAUGGUGUCUGAGGUUUCACUGUCACGCGAGUUUGCGGUGGUUUCUCACGAGGGCAUGCGAAGUAGGCAGUGAUACCCUGACAGCUCAACUUCUCCGUUGUUUUUACUUGGGGUAAGCGCGGAGGGAAUCCUGGCUGUUAAAAGCUUUUAAAACUAAACCAUCAUAACAAACAGAUUUCCUCUGCUUGUUAUGGUGUUUAGUUCCCGAGACCAGAAGGGUUGGUCCGAGAGAAGCUUCCUACUGUUUGUCUGAAUGCCAAUCUUUACAGCGAGCUCUGAAUUUAUUGAUCCUAGUGAUCCUCAUAUAGUAUGACAAUAUACUUACUUUAAUUGUAGCUCUAGGACCUGCAUGGAGGUUAAUUGAAUCUUUUUGAACAUUUUUAUUCCGGUAAUCACUGUCAGAGUAUCAGGCUGUUAGUCUCAACAUGUAAUUAUCGGUGUAUCACGCCAAUAUGUCAGUAAUUUAUUCCACCUGCAAUUAGGGAAAAUGCCAAAUCGGAUUAGUUGUAUUUACAUAAUUCAUUUAUUUUAUUUGAAUCCUUCAUUUUCUGUGGCAAUGCAGCAGUCAUCCACAAUUCAAUAGUCCAUUUCAUAUUUACUGGAUUUUACAAGUUCACCCUGCAGGCCUCCCAAAUGUGAUAGUACAAAUCAGAGGGAUUCUUUACAGAGGUCAAAACAACAAAAAAUAAAGUACUACUCACCUGGAAUAUAGACCACAAAUAUUGUAAUAUUAAUGUAGGUAGCCUAAAAAAAAAAGGCCAAAAAGUCUGAUGAAGCCACUACAAACAAUCUACAUAGUUAAGUGUAGGAGAAUUAAAGACAUUUUAAAAUCAGUGUUUCCUCAGGCAGCUCAGUUUUCUCUGGAUUUGUCCGUUUUUAAAAAGAAUUUAGCAGCACAUAAAAUGCUGUCAGCGUCUUUAAAUGCGUAUUCCGCCAUAAUCCGUUUUGUUUUGAUGUAACAGUCAUACGAAUUAGAAUAACUGGCAAGAAUAUAAUUCAACUACCGAAUGCAUUUUAGAAGAAGCUUUAAAAUAGUAUAGUUUCGUAUAAAUCAUUACACAAAAAUGUGUAAGAAGGAUACUCUUAUUUUUAGGACGGCAAAAGACAGAUAAAUUAUUUAUAUAAGAAAAUAGGCCUACGUGAUUUUUUUUGGCAUUUUCUUAAUUUUAUAUUGUGUUUUAAUAAUUGUGCUUAUUUAUAUUUUACUAAUUAUGUCGAGUGAUAUUUAAAGGCUGACGUGCACUUUUAAAAUAUCAGCUGACUACAUUUAGGGCCUUGAAGUGAUACCUAAUAUUAACCAAAAGUAAAGCUCGCAUUAUGGGCCAGUGUUUGGUGCUCGUGUGUAAUUCUUAUUUUGAUUUUUAUCAAAUUGUCAGAGAUGUAGGCCUCUUUCUUUAUAUUUGCUCAUUUUUAUUAUUGUAUUAUUAUUUGUUUUGCUUUAAUAACUUGAAUUAAAUUCCAAGCUCUGUGUGUUCGUGUGUGCGUUUGCGAAUUCAGUCUAAUUAUGGAUUUAAAUGACAGGAAUUUGAAAAUGUAGCCCAAAACUAUAGGCUAUUGGUAUAUAUUUUCUAAGUGGCGUUCAUGUGCGUGCACAGUCCAUAUUUUGUCUUACUAAUGACCUUAUUACGAAGGUUUUCCUGCAGUGGUUCCGCUGAUAUCUUAGGGGGGGGAAAACAUGAUGCAUUUCUGUCUUUCUGUAGCGAUCACACUGAGGGAAGGAGAGAAGGGAUGAAAACAGAGGAGACCCAGCAGUCCUGUCUGCAGCAGCCUCCAUCCUCAACGCCUUUUGGUCCGGAGUACAGGGGAGGCGGAGAGGUGUGUGCGGGCUGCGAGUCCCCCAUCGCCGACCGCUUCCUGCUCCGCGUGAACGAGCGCUCCUGGCACGAGACCUGCGUUAAGUGCGCCGUGUGUUUGAGCGUGCUCACCGGGACCUGUUACUGCAGGGACCGCCUGCUGUACUGCAAGCACGACUAUGAAAAGCUGUUUGUAAGGAAGUGCAGCGCCUGCCUGCAGGUGAUUGGACGUUCAGAGUUGAUAAUGCGUGUGCUAGGCCAGGUGUACCACCUGGGCUGCUUUAGCUGCUGCGAGUGUGAACGCCGGCUGCAGAGAGGUGAUGAGUUUGUGCUGAAAGAAGGCCAGCUGCUCUGCCGCAUGGACUACGAGAAGGAGAGGGAAAUGCUGGCUGCUAUCAGUCCUACACCAACAGAAUCAGUGAAAAGUGAGGAUGAGGACGGUGGAGGGGGCUCCGGUGGUGGGAAGGGUGGUGAUGAAGGCAAGGAGCACAAGCGUUCAAAACGGCCACGCACCAUCUUGACCACACAGCAGCGCCGUGCUUUCAAGGCCUCCUUUGAAGUGUCUGCUAAGCCUUGCCGUAAGGUGAGAGAGACACUGGCUGCUGAGACUGGACUGACAGUACGAGUUGUGCAGGUUUGGUUUCAAAACCAGAGAGCCAAGAUGAAAAAGAUAGCCCGUCGACAACAGCAGCAGCAGCAGCAGCAGCAGGAACAAGAGCAGCUGGGAGGAACCAGGAGAGGACAAAGUAGAGGGGGCCGCCAGAGCAAUGAUGACAGUGAGGAUGGAUCAAGUACUCAUGGCAUGGAUGGGAUGCUGGGAUAUCCCUCUCUGCCACGUCAGCAACUACUUGCUCUGGACCCCAACAUCUAUGGUGGAGAGCCGUUUCGACACGGGCUUACACCGCCUCAGCUGAACAACGAGCAGCUCCACUCCUAUGACUCCGAGACAGUGUUCCACGACCUGGACAGCGAUGGAAGCCUCGGUCACCUUGGUGACUGCCUCUUAGCAACAGGGGACGGUGGCCUCCUGCCAGGGCGAGUUGGAAACCCCAUCGACCGUCUCUACUCCAUGCAGAACUCCUACUUCACCUCCUGACCCUUAUAAACUCUCACCCUUUCCCCUCCUGAUCCACUUUUCACCUCAGAGAUGCAGCUAAUGGAGUCUGUCCAUCAACAUGCCUGUGGGACCACUCUCCAUGAAACAGCCUACACCCAAACACACUUCUGAGCUUUUAUCACAGGCCAAGAUCAUCGCAAGUCAAGCGUAGUCAUAAUAUCACUUUGCAGCAUAUUCGCAUAAUGUUCCCACCAUCUUUCCUAGAUAAGAAUCACAUGCUGGAAAUACAGACACUGUAAAUGUCCAAGAUAUGUUAAAGGACCUCAAUUUC